GAUGAGAUCGGCGGAGCCCCGCCCGCCGGGCCCUGCGCCGUGCGGUGCUGCGCAGAGCGGGGCCGCCAUGAGCGAGGAGCGGCUGCGACGGGUGCGGGACCGCGUGCGGCCCUUCCCCGACUUCCCGGUGCCCGGCGUGCUCUUCCGCGAUAUCAGCCCCCUGCUGAAGGAUCCCGCCGCAUUCAGGGCUCUGAUUGAUCUUCUGGAAGAUCAUUUGAGGGUAUCUCACCCCAAAAUCGACUUAAUUGCGGGUCUGGACUCCCGUGGCUUCCUUAUAGGCCCUCCUCUGGCUCAGAGACUGGGGAUCGGCUUCGUGCUGAUAAGGAAAAAGGGGAAACUUCCUGGUCCAACUGAGUCCAUCUCCUACGCUCUUGAGUAUGGCAAGGCUGAACUCGAAAUCCAGAGCGACGCAGUGGAAGCAGGACAGAAAGUAGUUAUUGUAGAUGACCUGCUUGCGACUGGAGGCACCAUGUAUGCAGCCUGUGAGCUGGUGAAGAGGCUGAAGGCUGAGGUGCUGGAGUGCCUGGUGAUCAUAGAGCUAAAACUCCUCAAAGGGUCAGAAAAGCUCAAGUCCAUCCCUUUGUACUCCCUCCUGCAGUAUGACUGAGGAGGAGCAUCCCUGCUACUUAGGGAAUGCACGCUCGGAGCUGUGCACAAGUUUAGGGUCUUAUUCAGUGACUCUUGAUGUCGUAAAGGGAUGUGGGGGGGGGGAAACCUACAAUUUUCAUCCUGGCCAGCUGCUAUAUAAUCACAAGUCCUAUUAAUUUUCCAAGCCACAGAUUAAGGUGUGUUGAGUAUAAGGAUCCUUUCUGGAGUUCAUCCUCUUGGAAGAAGGAUCUAGGGGAUCUGUUCUAGGGGAUGGAGACUAAGAUGGAAGCUGUCUCUCUUCCAUUAGUCCUUAGUGGAUUUGCAAAACUAGGAGCAAUUUGCAUCAUGAGAAGUAUCCCAGAGCUGGGUGACAGGCAGUGAGGAUGUGGGUCAUGCAUGAGCUCAGGGCUCUUCACCUCCCUUCUGUCCAUCACGUACCAAAGCCUGCAGCUCCAGCCAGGGCUGGCACCUUUUGGUUAGCAAAAAUUCCCUGUAUACUGCAACUUAUGCAAGUCCCUGUUCUGCUGCAUUCUUCUUGGGGCACCAGGGUGUUGACAGGACAAUGCCAUCUGGAGUCUGUUCUUGUUGGGAUGUUUUGGUGUCAGGGUGUUUUGGGCACAGGGAAGAAAGAAAACAUGUUAGUUUACUCAUGAGCUCCAGCUCUCAUUCAGGUUGUGUAAUGGGUGACAUGGGGUUUGAAGAUGCUCCUUCUUGCAUGGUGCAGUUUGAUCACUAAAACUCAGUAUGCCAACACUUUCACAUGACUGGAAGCACGAGGGACUGUGUCCCUGUCCUAGCAGGGACUGAACUCACUCAUAAAAUAAAUAGUCACUUUUUAUUCUUUUCUAAA